AUGAUGGAAGGAAUGAACGAUGCGCAUGAUAUGGUAUGGAUGGCCCGGGAGAUUGGGAAGGGAUUUGAUGAGGCAAGGUCAAUGGCUGUUGGCCGGCCUGGUGGUCAUGACGGUAGUGACGGUGGCGACGACGGUGGUGGCCUCAGCCAAAACUGGACGAGUGUACAAGAGGCAAAGUACCUCGGGGGUAGGUAG